AUGUGUGAAGCAGAAGCUGAAGGUAGCAGAAGAGGAAAGAGGGUAGAGGAAAAGUGCAGUAAGUCCGUUAUACAAAUAAACCAAAGUCCGACGGAACGACUCCCAAGUGGCAUUCCCACAUACACAGUUGAGAUAGCGAAUACGUGCGUGAGUGGCUGCAACAUCUCUGAAAUUCACGUUGCUUGUGGCAUGUUCAGUUCUUCGCGUCUCAUAAACCCUAAAAUCUUCAAGCGCCUUCUCUACAAUGACUGCCUCGUUAAUGACGGAAAGCGCUUCCGCAAUGGUGCCAUUAUCUCCUUUAAAUAUGCAACUACCUUCCCUUUUCCACUCUCUGUUUCCUCUCUACUUUGCGGUUAA